ACCGCGCGCCACGCGACCCAGGACCACGACAGCCCCUCUGCGCCAGUGUGUGUGUGUGUGUGUUUGUGUGUUGUGAGCCUGUUGCUGCCGCCGCGCAGCGGAUGAGACAGUAGGCUGGCCCUCGGCGCGGGCCUCAUGGCCAUGUCCGGGAUGGACAUGUCGGCCGGCAUGGACAUGACGGCGGCCCUGGCCAUGUCGCAGCACCCCGUGCUGGGCGGCAUCCCGCCCGCCUUCUUCCUGCGCGCCUCGGAGCGCUACCAGCGCACCCCCAAAUGCGCCCGCUGCCGCAACCACGGCGUCGUCUCCGCCCUCAAGGGCCACAAGCGCUACUGCCGCUGGCGGGACUGCGUGUGCGCCAAGUGCACCCUCAUCGCGGAGAGGCAGCGCGUCAUGGCCGCCCAGGUCGCGCUCCGCCGGCAGCAAGCGCAGGAGGAGAGCGAGGCGCGCGAGCUGGGGCUGAUGUACGCGACGCCGCCCGGCGCCGGCUCCAACGGCGCCCCCGUCGGUGUGAAGCGGGCGCGGAUAUCGGUGGACGGCGACGGCGACGACGAGGACGACGGCGACGACGACCGGUCCGAGUCCGGCGGCAAGAGGGCCGGCAGCGUUCGGUCCAGCAGGUCGGGCACGCCGCCGGAGCAGGACAACGACCAGCCCCUGCCGCUCAGUGAGUACCCGGAACCUUGA